AUGGCUAGCGAAGGUUUAGAAAAAAUCACUGAAGUUCCUGUUGAAUUCUUCAAAGAUGGAAGUGCUUUCAUCAAAAAGUGUCAAAAACCAGACAAGAAAGAAUAUCUUAAAAUUAUUAGAGCCGUUGGUGUUGGUUUUGUCAUGAUGGGUGUUGUUGGAUACGUUGUCAAAUUGAUCCACAUUCCAAUCAGAUACUUACUUGUUUAA